AUGGCCAGUAUAUUUUAUGGAUUGGCAGCGUUUUGUUUACUUUUCAUCACAAUCAAUCGACAGAUGAUUGAAUCCAGUGGUGUUAUAUUACCAUAUAAUUAUAAAUGGGCAUCUAUACCUUAUAUCGAUGAAGAUGGAGAGGUAUCAUUUCGUCGUGUGCUAGUGCCGACAUCUUCGACAUCAUCAUCAUCAUCAUCGUCAACAGUACAUAAAAGAGGCCCAGAACUAAUUAUCCCCUUCAUUAGUGGAGGUAGUCCAGCCAAGAAAUCAGAUGAACUUGACUAA